GUCAAUCCGCAUUAUUUUUUUUUCUCUUCUUUUUUUCUCGUACCGUACCGUACCUAGGUAAUCCGCGAUCCUCUUUUUGGACGACUUAUUUCCAUUCGUUCUUUUUCUUUUUUAUUUUAUUAUUAUUUUAUUCCUCAUGCCACCAACUUAUGUUCGACUCCUAAGGAAAGUUACUUGACCAACACCAUUAUCUCAUGUACAUCGUGCCAUAUGGAUUGUGCCUUAAAUUAAAGUUUACCUAGAUACUCUAUACAUUAUUUGGUUUUUAUUUUAUUUUAUCUUCGCUGCGGUGGCGUUUAGCGAACGCUCCUCUUUUUUACCUACUCGGCCGUGCGUCUAGAUCGAACCGUUAGACGAUGGCGGAUAACGAUACCAAGAAACCGGUCGCCAUGGCCGGCGCAGCGGUUCAUGACUUGCCGGGCAUCGAAACCGAUUCGGGAUCCGCCGACCAACUGCUCGUGUCUCUCGGUUACACGCCCGAACUGUCGCGGAACCGGUCUACCUUACAGGUUGCUUUCAUGUCUUUCGUCCUGGCUUCGAUCCCGUAUGGUUUGGCUACGACUCUCUAUUACCCUCUAGUCGGAGGUGGACCAGUAAACAUUAUCUGGGGUUGGGUUGCCGUAUCGGCAAUCAUUAUCUGCGUCGCCGCAUCUCUGGGUGAAAUCACGAGCGUGUAUCCGACCGCCGGUGGCGUUUAUUACCAGACAUUCAUGCUAGCACCCCCUCAGUGGCGUCGCAUUGCUGCUUGGACCUGCGGUUGGCUCUACGUGGUCGGAAACGUUACUAUUACGCUUGCUGUCAACUUUGGCACAACUCUAUUUUUGGUUGGAUGCGUUAACGUUUUCCAAACCGAGGAUGGCCAAGACGUACUCGCAGGCGAACCUUACCAAGUCUUCCUUAUAUUCUUGGGCAUUACGCUCCUAUGUAACGCCGUUUCGUCGCUAGGCAAUAAGUGGUUACCUAUCCUUGAUACAUUUGCUAUCUUCUGGACCUUCGCUGGUGUAAUUGCUAUCAUGGUCUGCGUCUUAGCUAUCGCUAAAGAAGGACGUCACGAUGCCAGUUGGGUUUUCACGCAUUUCGAAGCUAACUCGGGAUGGACACCUGGUUGGUCUUUCGUUGUUGGUCUUCUACAUGCUGCCUAUGCUACCUCUUCUACCGGCAUGAUCAUCUCUAUGUGCGAAGAAGUCCAAGCGCCAGCGACACAAGUGCCCAAAGCCAUGGUUUUGACGGUCUGCAUCAACACUUUAGCCGGGUUGAUGUUCAUGAUUCCGCUGGUGUUUGUUCUCCCCGACAUACCAGGCCUGGUUACUCUCGCGCAACCUGUUCCGGCGAUCAUCAAAAGCGCUAUAGGAAACUCGGGAGGCGCAUUCGGUCUACUUAUUCCCCUUCUUGUCUUGGCUAUCAUUUGUGGCAUCGGUUGUACCACCGCCACAUCGCGGUGCAUCUACGCUUUCGCUCGAGACGGUGCUAUUCCCGGUUCGAAGUGGUGGAAACAGAUCAACCAUAACCUCGACGAUGUUCCCUUCAACGCGAUGAUGCUUAGCAUGGUUGUCCAAAUAGUUCUCGGUCUCAUCUAUUUCGGCUCCUCGGCUGCUUUCAAUGCUUUUUCGGGUGUCGGAGUUAUUGCGCUGACGGCUUCUUAUGCUGCGCCUAUCGUUAUCAGUAUGCUUAACGGACGUCAGACCGUGCGCACCGGCAGCUUCUACCUCGGACCGAUCGGAUGGUUUUGCAACAUCGUGUCUCUAUGCUGGUCUCUGUUGGCAGUUCCGUUAUUCUGCAUGCCUACCACUGUCCCGGUAGUUGAUCCUUCUCUCAUGAACUACGCUUCAGUGGUCUUCGUAGGCUUUUCGGCGAUUUCGGUCGCAUGGUAUCUUGCCUGGGGUCGUAAGAACUACUCCGGCCCACCGACGUGAUGUUUUCGUUUCGAACACGUUAGAAAUAGAGCGUGCAUCUACUCGCCUUGCGUGCAGAAGGGUCUACCGGCAUUUAUUUACCGCUCCAUGCUCACUAUUCCAAUAUGAUACCCAAAAGAAGUGAAUGACUAUCAUCAUUAGUCUUAUGUGCGGAUAGGGGUAGUGAUGAAUACUAAUGUGGAUUAGUUCCUAAGCCGAUGCACACGACGCGAGCUCCGGCGAUUGCA